AUGGGAGCUCCGGACUCGUUUGUUUGGCUAGCAUCAAGGUCAGGAGUUUAUACUGCGAAAUCCGGGUAUUAUGUUGCUGCAUCAAAGGAACUGACCGCUAACAGAGAUGAGGCAAGACCCCUACAAGAUCAGAACCUUUACAAAGCCAUUUGGGCUAGCAAAAUACCGCCAAAGCUACACCUAUUUCUCUGGAAGAUAACACAAGGAGCGCUAGCACUUGGAGAAAACUUGAUAUGGUCCUCACACAUCUGGACUUCUCCCUUUGACCCAAGGCUUUACGACUCCUAUACUGAAGCUUUCCUCGGCUCAACAGCGGCCACCAACCUCCCACCAUUAGGAGUAGAAACCAACCUCUUUCCUUGGAUCACUUGGGGAAUCUGGACAGCAAGAAACUCCUAUGUGUUUGAGAAUAGAUACUUCACACCUGUGGAAAUCAUCUCAAAAGCUAUCAGAAUGGCAAGAGAAUGGAGCAUCGCGCAAUCACCUCCACACUCAACUCCCUCGUCACAUCACAACCGAGUGCUUCCACCAACCCUGACAUCCACAUUUGUAGUUUGUUUUACUGAUGCAGCUUGGCAGGCCGGAUCAAACAGAGCAGGUUGUGGAUGGAUCCUCAAGGACCACCGUGAUGCGUGGCUGAAGCAGGGAACGAGUAUCUUCAACCACACUUCAUCGCCUCUGAUGGCUGAAGCUCUCGCAGUCAGAACAGCACUCCUCAACGCCCUCGAUGCGGGCUAUACCAGAAUCUGUAUUAAAUCAGAUUGUCAAGCACUUGUUGCUAUUAUCUCCUCGAAACAACACCCGGCGGAUCUCCACGGAAUCACUCGGGACAUCGAGCAUCUAUCUCUCUCCUUUGAAUGUAUCUCCUUUGUUUUCAUUUCCAGAAUCUUGAAUUCGGCGGCUGAUGCCCUUGCGAAAUCAUCUCUAUACUCUGCCCCCACCAACUAG